AUGUCUUUCUUUCUUUCUUUUUCUUUCUUUCUUUCUUUUCUUUCUUUCUUUUUUCUUUUUUUAUGUCGGUUUUGUUUCUUUCUUUUUCUUUCUUUUUUUUCUUUCUUUCUUUCUUUUUUUCUUUUUUCUUUUUUUUCUUUCUUUUCUUUGCUUUUCUUUCUUUUCUUUUCUUUCUUUCUUUCAGGCUUCUUUUUUUUCUUUCUUUUCUUUCUUGCUUUUCUUUCUUUUCUUUUCUUUCUUUCCUUUCUUUCUUUCUUUUUUUCUUUCUUUCUUUUUUUCUUGUCGGUUUUGUUUUCUUGCUUUUUUCUUUCUUUUUCUUUCUUUCUUUUCUUUUCUUUCUUUCUUUCUUUUCUUUUUUCUUUUCUUUCUUUCUUUUCUUUCUUUUUCUUUUCUUUUCUUUCUUUCUUUUUCAGGCUUCUUUCUUUUCUUGUCGGUUUUUUGUUUGCUUUUUUUUCUUUUUUUCUUUCUUUUCUUUCUUUCUUUCUUCUUUUAAUCUUUACUUAUUUACCAUCUAUCUUUAUUCCUUCUUAUUUCCUUUGUCUUCUUUCCUUCGUCCUUAUUUUUUCUUUUACUUUUUCUUUUUUCCAUAUUUCCUUCUUCUUCACAUUUUUCUUUCUUCUUUAUUUCCAUAUUUCUUUCUUCUUCACAUUUUUCUUUCUUCUUUAUUUCCAUAUUUCCUUCUUCUUCACACUUUUUUCUUCUUUCUUUCCAUAUUUCUUUCUUCUUCACAUUUUUCUUUCUUUCAUCUUUUAUAUUUUUACUUCAUUUUCUUUCGUUUUUCACUUAGAUCCCUUUUCUUUAUAUCCUUCUCUUUCUUUCUUUCUUUCUUUCUUUCUUUCUUUCUUUCUUUUCUUCCUCUUUGCCGUUUUCUUCUUUUCUUUCCUCUUUCUAACGACCAUUUGCAAACUGAAAUCUUAUAACUGCAUCAAAUACUUUGUAAUAUAUGGCAUAUCUCCUUGUUUCAAGACCAAAUUUAAAUGCUGCCACCGACGAGACAUAGCGCUGCUCGCGUUCCUUCCAGAUAAAACCAUUCUGUCGUCAUCCCAGACGUCUGCUGGUAGAGUGCAGUUUACGAUUUCUCUUCUUUCCUUCUUAAUCUUUCUUUCUCCCCUUUUCUCUCUCUUACUUCCCCCUUCUCUCUCUCUCCUUCUCUCUCUCUAUCUCUCUCUCUCUCCAUUUGAUAAUAAGAAAUAUAAAUUUAUUAUAUAUCUAUCUAUUAUCUAUCUAUCUAUCUAUCUAAUAAUAUAUAUUAAAUAUUUAUAUCUAUAA